ACUGUAUACAAAUUGUUGGGAACGAAAAGGGGAACAAAAAGCGGAUACAAUACAUCGGUUCGUGAACACGUCAGUGUGCAAUCAUCGUCAGCGGAUAAAAUACAGUACACUGGAAUCAUGUUUUGAUCGAGCUGAGGCUGUUGAAAAUAUAUCUCCAAUAUGUGGAAGGAAAGUCUGUUAGUAGUUCUAAGUCUAGUCGCGUUCAAAGAGAUCUGUGAUGGAGUACAUAUCAUUGAAGGCCUUCAGAAUGACCACGUUCAUAAUCACUGGAAGAAUAUUGACGAAGGAGGAUCGAUGAAUUCAGUUGAUGCUAAAGCGUGUCCAACGAUCGUUACCCGUGCGGACUGGAAGGCAAGAACUCCUAGGGAUCGAUAUAACAUGACAACCCCCGUUCCCUUUGUAGUACUGCACCAUACUGAUAUGGCAGAAUGCUUCACCUAUGAUGACUGCUGUAAGAUGAUGCGAUACAUACAGGAUUUUCACAUGGAUUUCAGGGAAUGGGACGACAUCGCCUAUUCUUUCCUGGUCGGUGAAGACGGCUUGGUGUACGAGGGUCGAGGAUGGGACACUGUGGGAAGCCAUGCUCCUUGGUAUAACUUCAGGUCCUUAGGUGUGUCUAUCAUGGGGAACUUUACGACGAAACUUCCGAAUCAGAGAGCUGUCGAUGCCGUCAGUUCCAUCAUCAACUGCGCCAUCACGAACAAGAAACUUGACCCUGACUACGUUCUCAUCGGUCAUCGUCAAGCCACUCCGAAUAGGACUUGUCCUGGUGAAGCCCUCUACAAGGAGAUCCAAACUUGGCCUCACUGGAAACCGGGAGACCAUUUUCCACCGAAGCACUGAAAGAGGACUCCGUUUUAGCUACUCUCAGCUUAGCUAGGGGCGUGAUCAGGCCUGGAAAUGAUGUAUAUACUGCGCAGUAAGGAGUCGAUGUAAAACCAAAGCCGAUAUGUCUCGAUCCCUUUCAGGGACAGGGCUAAAUUUAUCAUAUGUUGCACUUAAAAUUAGCAACGAUGAUAUUUUUCGUUUAAUGCUGCAUUGUUCUAGUAAAAAUAUAAUAUCGCUAAAAACAAUAAUCAUGGGUAUCGCCAUUUUCAACAAAUUGAAGGAGGAAAAAAAAGCAAAUGAAAAAACAAUGACUUUGAA